AUGACUGGCACGGAUGAUUCUAUCCCUCAUGUCCGAUGGGGUAUCCUAGGCACGGGAUGGAUAUCUACCAUGUUUCUCACAGACCUCCUAGCAACCCGGCCCAACGCCCCAGCGAGGCACACAAUCGCAGCGAUCGGCUCCUCAUCUCUCGAAAAAGGCAACGCAUUUGUCGAGAAAGUCUGGGAGAAAGCUCCCGAGAAGCCUCGACCUCAGGUUUACGCAGACUACCAAGGAGUCUACGAUGACCCAAAUGUCGAUGUGGUGUAUGUCGGCACACCGCACUCGCUGCAUAAGAAGAACUGUCUCGAUGCUAUCGCUGCUGGCAAGCAUGUGCUCUGUGAAAAACCUUUCACCAUCAAUGCGAAGGAAACUCGUGAGAUUGUAGAUGCGGCAAGGGAAAAGGGUGUCUUUGUUAUGGAAGCGGCCUGGGUGCGGUUCUCGCCGUUGUUCAAAGCCUUGCAUGAGGAGAUCGUUGUAAAAAAGUCCAUUGGCGAAGUUCAGCGUUUUUCCGUCGAUUUUGGAAACUACUUCCCUCUCGAUACACUUCCUGAAAAUCAUCGCCUGAGAGAUCCUGCUCUUGGCGCUGGCGCUUUACUCGACAUUGGCUUUUACACUUUGACCUUUGCUUCGAUUAUCCUUGGUGAAUGGAAAGUGGGCAAGGAACACCCCAAGCCGAAGAAGGUUCUGUCAUCUCUAGACAUCGUUAACGGCAUCGAUGAGGCCAAUGUGGUUGUUCUCGAAUAUCCCUCCGCCACAGGAGCAACCAAGACAGGAGUAUGCACAUCAAGCUUCCGGUACAAGGGCCCUAACGACUUCGGACGCAUCGAGGGCUCCAACGGCAGCAUUAUUCUGUUUGGUCCUGGGGUCAGUGUACCUGAUGGAUUCCGCGUCACUGAGGGGCCACGACCAAGCUCUCCUGAGGCUGAUACUAGACAAGAGCGUGUGUUCAACGUUAAGAGACCUGAGGGGACUUUGGGUUUCUACUGGGAGGCGGAUGCUGUGGCGGAGGACAUUGCCAAAGGUCGGACUGAGAAUGGAAUUAUCCCUCUGGAAGAGACGCUUCGGAUGAUGGAGUUGAUGGACGAGAUUAGAGUUGCGGCUGGUUUUAAGUACCCGCAAGAUGAUAGUUAG